UGAUUUGAAAUUUUGAAAUGACUCCCACCUCUUUUCCCUCACUACAUUCCUUCUUUCGUUCAGAGGAAAUCAUUCCCUACUCUGAACUGCUGUGAACUAAAAGGAUAACUAAUCACAGCCUUGCCCUCUUGCAGGCUCGAUGACUUUGCAGAAGACAUUAAGGCCUAUCCAACAACUUUGGUUCUAAAGUUCAUGAUUAACUGUGGAUUGAAAUAAACGAUACGUGAAGAGCUUUCAAGAAUUCCCAGGGUAGAUCCACACAAAUAAUCUGCUAUGACCAAUCACCAGGAAUGGAAGGAAAACCCUGCAGAAUAUUGCCCAGGUGGUUACCAUCCAGUGCAAAUCGGCGAGGUGCUCAACAGAAGAUACCAAGUCAUCAACAAGGUUGGAUGGGGUUAUUUUUCUACCGUUUGGCUGUGCCAUGAUGUGCAAAAGAACAAGAAUCUCGCUGUGAAAAUAUGUAAAAGUCAGAGAAAAUUUAGUGAUACAGCCCUUGAUGAGAUCUCACUGCUAAAAUGUGUAAAUGGAGCUCGCAAGAAAGAAUCAGAUGGCGAAAAUAUAAUACAAUUUUUGGACGAUUUCAAAUUGAUUGGAGAAAACGUUUUACAUGUAUGCUUGGUAUUUGAACUUCUUGGGCCUUCACUAUUACAUCUGAUGAAGAAUUAUGGUACAAAUGGUCUUCCCAUGACAUGUGUGAAGAGGAUUCUCCAACAGGUGCUAAAAGGUCUGAACUUUCUUCACAAGAAAUGUCGUAUUAUUCACACAGACAUAAAACCAGAGAACAUAUUAGUGUGUGUGAAUACUGAUAAUCUACAGCAAUACAUGGAGGAGGCGGUUGUAUGGAACCAAAACAGAUUAGACAAUAUAGAAGGUCCAGCAACAGGAGUCAGUGUGAACUUCCUCACUCACCUUUUUGAGACCGGGAAUGCGGACAUGCUGGGGGUUAAAAUUGCUGACCUAGGCAGUGCCUGCUGGGUUUAUAAGCCGUUUUCUGAGGAGAUCCAAACCCAGCAAUACAGGGCACUGGAGGUUCUGUUGGGAACAGGAUAUAGUACCCCUGCAGAUAUAUGGAGCACAGCGUGCAUGGCAUUUGAAAUGGCUACCUCAUCCUAUCUGUUUGAGCCACAUGCUGGUGAUACAUUCUCAAGAAAUGAUGAUCAUAUUGCUUGUAUAAUUGAACUUCUUGGUCGUAUCCCACCAAAAAUUGCAUUAUCUGGAAACAAUUCAACAACUUUUUUCAACAAGCAAGGGGACCUUCUGCAUAUCCCUUAUCUAUACCCUUGUGGUCUCCACGACACUCUUGUGAACAGACAUAAGUGGCAAAUGAAUGAGGCCCUAAUGUUCGCCAGUUUUCUUCUUCCGAUGUUGGAAUAUGCUCCUCAAAAACGUGCCAGUGCAGAAAAAUGCCUACAGCACCCCUGGCUACAAUGCUGAAGAGAAAGAACAGUAUUGUUUUAUUUUCAUCACAAUAUAAAUAUACUCUAAAUAUUGAAUAUGACUAACUCGAUUACUAUUAUUUUUUACUGUAUCCAAGCUUAUAAUAAAGAUUAAAUAUUAA